AACGCCAGCGCCAGCAAUAUGAUGAACAAGUUCAGUGAUAUGUUUGGCAUAAUCUUCGAUAGCUGACAUUCAAGUUAUUUUUCGUAUAAUGUUGUACGUACAAUACACAAGUUUGAUAUGACAUAAGAACAAGCAGAGAUGCAAGACAUUUGCGAAAAUAUUCGUACAGCUAUUGAACAUGGACGUACCGAUAUAAUUAGAUCCCUUUUAGAUGCAUGUGAAAAUGGUAAUACAGCCGAUGGUAUAACAAGAGACAAAAUCCUAAAUCAACCACUCUUGGAAGAAGGUACUUUUCUUUCAUACGCUGCAAAGACUAAUCAGCCAGAUAUAGUACGUACAUUAUUAAGUUGUGGUGCUAAUCCUGCCAUUCAAAACACCAAUGGGCAUAAUGCUGUAGAUGUUGCAUCAAGCGAUGCAAUACGUCGUACAUACAUUGAAGAAUUAUUGAGAGCAACUGCUGCAUCCGAGAUAGACAGGGUAGUGCAAUUAUUAGAUGCAGGAUUAAAUGUAAAUUCAUGGGACUCUCAUGGCAGUAAAAAUACACCUUUACAUUGGGCAGCUUGUUAUGGAAACAAAGAUAUUGUCACAUAUUUAAUUGAUAGAGGAGCAGAUGUAAAUGCUGUAAAUGGCUGUGGUGCUACACCAUUACAUGAUGCAGUAAAUCGUGGUGAUGUUGCUAUCUGUCAAGAAUUAUUACAAGCGGGUGCAAAUCCUCUUGUACGAGCAUCUAAGGGAACCUUUGCAGGGAAGACCCCAUAUGAUCUUUCCAGGGGGAAACAACCUUUGCAUUGUUUUAUUCAGAGUUAUUUAUCAAACUUUGUAUCAAAUGAGAGUGAAGCAAUGCAUAGCCCCACUGCAUCAUUCACAGAAGGAAAUUUUUGUCACAAAAGCAUUUCAAGUAAUAUGAGUCAACUUUCCAUAGAAUCUAAUAAAUCAAUAGAUCCUGUGUACGAUAUACCUUUACGCGAAUCAGGAAAAGAUAGUCCAACUAAAAGUGCAGAAAAAGAUGGGCUGUAUAGUUUACUCUGGCCGCAACCGAAAACCGUUGUUGAAUUAAAAAAUUUGUCUGCACCUUUUAUUGCUGGGAAAGAGCUUUUUAUAUCUCUAACACAGGGUAGUGAAUCUAUACACAAAAUACUAGAUGUUUGGGAAAUUAGCAGGACUCAUUUAUUGGAGUUGGGUCAUGAUGUAAAAAUUGGUGAAGUGCAUCCCAGCUCUGGCAAGUUACUUAAUGACAAUGGAAUCGAAUGUAUAGUAAAUAAAAAGUUAUUUAAUAAACCUGAUGGGUAUCAGUUACACAUCUCACAGAACACUAUUAAAGUUGGUGCUGGAAGUUUAGCUGGAUUACAUUACGCAGUUUGCACAUUCGUACAAAUUUUGCGAUUAAGUAAAAAUCACAGUAGGCCAGAUGCAUGUGAAAUUGAACCUGUUUUUAUAAAAGAUGAACCGAGAUUCUCGCACCGUGGUAUAUUGUUAGAUAUAUCACCGAGAGGUCGCAUACCUACGUUAGAAUAUUUACUACACAUGAUCGAUUUAUGGUCAUCCUUUAAAAUAUCCUAUUUGCAUCUCUAUUCGAGACUUACUCCAAAUUGUGAUUGGCAACUUUGUUAUUCAAAAUCUGAAAUGGUUACUCUUGACCGUUACUGCAGGGAUCGACAUUUAUAUUUAGUUCCAACUUUAGAUGUUGAUUCUAAUGUAGGUCAACAUCAUUUAUCACAAAUGUGGCCUAUAUUCCAAGAAUUAUUAGCAGUAUUUCCAAGUUUAAGUUAUGUCCAUGUUGGGCCUAGAUUAGCUAGUUUACUCGUUCAAGCAGAUAAUUUUGAUUUGAAUUUGUCGAUUAACGAAACUAUAGAAACAGAUAUGUCGGAAGUAUACAAAUCGUAUUCUUGUCUUCAAGAAUUAUGGCAUAUUUUAAAUUUGAGUUCAAGUACAACUUUGCUACUUUGUUCAAAUGGUUUACAUUCCAAGCCAGAAUUUCAUAAUAUACCUAACAACAUUAUUCUUGUUGAAUAUGGAUUUCAGGCAGAUUAUGAUUUUUCUGAGUGGACAGAAGCAUUUAGAAUAGCGGGUGGUAAUGUUUUACCGAGUUCGGGAACAGCCAGUUAUAAUAGUUUAGCAGGAUGUCCAGCAUCAACUUAUGCAAAUACAAAACAUGCAGUGAAAACUUCUCUGGAGCAGGAUUCAGUAGGCAUAGUAGUAGCACAUUGGUCUGGGAGUCAUCAUCUUACUCCACAUCCCUUUGCUUGGAUUGGAUAUUUAAUAGCAGCAGGAUUGUCAUGGAAUCCAGCUAGCGAAAUAGAAAUGGGCGUCGAUGACAAUUACGAAAUAUCUGAAGUGUUUGGAUCAAAGCAAAAGUGUAUUACAAAGCUGCUAGAUAUUCAUAUUUUCCAAGAUUCAGAAUGUAAGUUUGGAAAUGCAAUACUAGAAUUGGGACGUUUAGAUACUUUGGUACUUACUUUAAGUAAGAAUCAAGGAGCAAAACAUUUACAACAAAUUCCCGAUAAUCGAGGAUCGGCAUUGUAUAGAUUAUUAACAGAUCCAGAUAAUGUUAAUUUGGAAUACCUUUCAUCUGAUUUAUUUGCAAAAGUGACAAAACAAAUUAAACGCAUUUCGCAUUCAUUGUACGAGGUCAACUUAUCAUCAAAAUUUGCGUCAAUGGAAAUACAAGAACUUCAAUUGACCGCUGAUUUAAUGUUAACGGCAUGCAAAAUUGGGAGAACGUUAAUUGGCGUUGGCGUUAAUCCUAAUAGCAAUAUGGGUCUUGCAGUAAUUAAUUUGGGAGUAUGUAAUCUGCCACCUACAUUUAGAACCGAUGUAGCAAAUAAAAUGUUGGCACACAUAGAACAGUAUAAAGGUGCAUGGUUACAAAGGCAUUUACCUCAGGGCCUUCAAAGCUCUUUACUAGUCCUGACUAGUGCUUUACAUAGGUUUGUACCAGAAUCAUAAUUUUUCGAACUUUUAAAAGAUAAAAGACUUUUCAUAUUUAUAUAUAACAAGUAUCAGUUCCUGCUAUACAAACCU